CACAAAUGAGAGGUGCUUCUUCAGUCUUGGGACUUGCAAUUCGGGGAAUAUCCACCUGCCUGAUGCAGCUUACCAAGCCAAUCAGAAGUGGGGGACUUUUGGCCCCUCAAUGAUUUUUUGCCUGCCAUUGACUCCACCUCCAGUCUGACAUACGUAAGAGCCGCGCAUAGAAUAUGUAGGCAGCACAAUUCUUGAUCAAUAAAUUGAUGGGUUAAAAAAAAAGUGACAUCAAGUCAAACCCCUUGCAUUCAUCCAAUCCUUCCUAGCACCUUCGCCCAACAAUCACUUCCACGACAGACCUCAGUACCAACACAUUUGUUCACGAUGGUGUUCAAAGUCUCACCCGCAACACCAUCCGACAUACCAGGCAUCAUCCCCAUCUUCUUCUCAUCUUUCACCGGCCCCCGAGCAGAAGAGCUCUUCCCACCCACAGGAAGCGGCAAGGAAUGGCUCGCUGAUUCCAUCGAGGCCACGAUCGCGAAUCCGGGUUUAGGAUGUCAAUGGCUCGUGGUCACGGAUGAGCCUGAGUCCUCUGGUGAAGCAGUUGCAGGAGGAGAGAAGGGGGAGAAGAAGAAGAAGAAGGGGAAAGUUGUAGCGAAUGCAAUGUGGGUGAAGCAUCCGGGAGGUGAGGUUCCGUCUUGGAAUGUGAGGAUGAGAGCGGAGCCGCCAGAGGGUGUUACGAGUGAGGCGUUGGAUGGAUUUUUUGGACCGAUGGCGAGGCAGCAUCAUGAAGCAAUGGGGGAGAGGCCGCAUUUCUUCCUCGAAUCAGUCUCUACAGACCCGGCGUUCAGGGGUAGAGGUCUUGCUUCGCUAUUGCUGGACUGGGGAGUCAAAGCUGCUGAUGAAGUGGGCUGGGAGUGUUAUCUUGAUGGGACGGCUAAGGCUGUGCCGUUGUAUCAGAGGUAUGGGUUUGUGGGGAGGCAGGAGCAGGAUCCGGAUUGUAUUAGUUUGCCGAUGGUGAGGCCUGCGAAAUCACUGGUUUGAGAUAAGUUUGAUUUGGAUUGGUGGGUCAAUUUGGGUGGGAUAUUACCGCUAAGAGAGGCUUGUUGAUGAGGAGUUAUUCCAUCUUGUUUGGCUGAUGCUCUUCUGGUAUGCAGAUGCCAAAUUGGCUUUGUCGAGUGAUGAUCACAUAGAAGGGGCGGUAGAGUGGAAGAUUUUUGUGCCCAUAAUAGACUUAAUAGCAAUCGCCCUCUGCACAAGCCAGAGAUAGAAAAUGAUAUUUAAUCUGCAAGA